AAACCGAUAUAGAACAGUGGGUAGUGGAGAAAUCUUAUUUGCCACUCGGCAAUGACAAAGAGGAGAGACAGAUAACACUACACAUCAGCUUAAUAAAUGCACAAAAGAACCUUGAAAAUUAAGGAGGAAAAACGAGGAAAAUAACAGUGUCACUCUCUCUCUCUCUCUCGCUACUCAGUUUGGCUUUGGCUGUAUCUCUCUCUUCCUUCAGUUUUCUUCUGCCUCUCUCUUCCUUCAGUUUUCUUCUGCCUCUCUCUUUCAUUCGAGAGCCUAAAACCCUCUCUCUCCUUCCUCAGUCCUCUGUAAGGAGUUCAAAAUUCUUUUCAUGUUUGCAUGCUAUUGUUAAUGCGAACUGCUUUAUAUGACGGCAAAUCGAUCUCAAGAUACUGAAUCUUAGACACUUGUAAAGAGUUGAGAGAGAUUAGAGCUGGAACUGAUCGUAACGGAUAUUGGCAACUAUACCCAAGCAUUCCACUUGGGUUUCCUGUCUUACCAAAUAUAACCUUUCCUCAUUCUAGCUGUCAACUUGAUUAAUCUUCGGUUCUCGGUCCACUUAAGUUCCUUUGGUAUCUGUCAGGAUAGGGGAAAAUGGGCGGGACUGGUGAUGAUAAAAUUCCAAUACAUACCGAAACUGAAGGUUCCGAGACUACAAUAGAAAUAAAAAUAAAAACAUUGGCCGAGACUUAUACUAUGAGAGUGGAUAAACAGAUGCCAGUGCCUGCACUAAAAGAACAGAUUGCUUCUGUAACUGGUGUGUUAUCAGAGCAACAGCGAUUAAUCUGUCGGGGAAAAGUUCUAAAAGAUGACCAACUACUUUCUGCGUACCAUGUCGAGGAUGGUCACACCUUGCACAUGGUGGUCAGGCAGCCAGUUCCACCAUCUGACGGCGCACCUAAUCAUUCAGAUGAUCCGGGAUCAGGUACAAGCCGCAGUCAUGGUAAUCAUGUCCCAAGUUUUGUGAUAGAAACUUCCAAUAUGCCUGAACAAGGAGAUGGAGUUCCUCCUGAAAUUGGUCGGAUUGUCUCUGCUGUUCUGGGCAUGUUCGGAUUUGCAAAUAUGGCAAGUGAUGUCCGGGAACAGGGUUCACAAAGGCAUGAAAGAACAUCUGGUAGUGGCAUACCAGAAUCGUCGCAGGGUCAAACUGAACAAACUAGCAUGAGGAAUCAAUCUGAUAGAGAACACGCUGCUUUUGGCCUUCCAGCAGCAGUUUCCUUGGGGCCUAUACCUCCUGUAAUUCCUGAUUCUUUGGCUACUUUGUCUCAAUAUCUUAGCCAUAUGAAGCAUGAAUUUGAUGGCAUUGCGAGUAGGAGUGGAGAUAGAGAUUCUAUUCCUGCAUCAAAUUCAGGAACUAUACGGGAAGGUCUUCCAACACCUGCAUCUUUGGCCGAAGUGUUACAAUCUACCAGGCAAAUGCUCAUUGAUCAAGCUGGAGAAUGUCUACAACAACUUGCAAGGCAACUAGAGGAUCAAAUGAAUGUAACCGACACAUCAGCACGAAUGAUCGCUCAGUCGAAUGCAUGGAGAAUUGGAGUUCUGCUACAUAACCUAGGCUCACUUUUACUUGAGCUUGGUCGUACAACCAUGACGCUACGCUUAGGUCAAACACCUUCUGAAGCUGUUGUUAAUGCUGGACCUGCAGUUUUCAUAUCCCCUUCUGGUCCAAACCCUCUCAUGGUUCAGGCUCUGCCUUUUCAACCAGGAACUAGCUUAGGCACCAUUCCCAUGGGAACUGUACAGCCUGGAUCUGGUUUGGUUAAUGGACUUGGGGCAGCACUUUAUCCUAGACGUAUUGACAUACAAAUACGAAGAGGUUCAACGACAGCAACACCCAAUAUAAUUCGACAUGAACAUAAUGAUACCACCACACAGCAAUCAGACCAAAGGAACCCGUCAGUGGGUUCUGGUAAUGAGAACCAUAGCACUCAAACCACUUCAAGGGUUUCAGAUGCUCCAUCUUUUGCUGGAGAAUCAGGAGUUAGGGUAGUGCCUAUUAGGACUAUGGUUGCGGCUGUACCUGCUCCUUUGGGUCAUGUACCUUCAGAUUCUUCCGGUAAUACCAUGGGAUUUUAUUACCCAUUGGUUGGAAGGUUCCAGCACAUCACUCCUGGACAUUUGAAUGGUGAACGGGGAUCUCAACCAUCUGGUGAACAUCUGUCAACUGGUGGUCAAUCUGAGCAGCCCCCUGUUCCUGAAUCUGCAGCGCAACACCAAAGUUUGGACGAGUCUACAAGAGAUGGUUCAUUACCAAAUGCUAAUUCAAGACAACAGGAGCGAUCAAAUACACACAGUGUCAAUAUCAGCGAUUCAUCAGUUGGAAGGACUCAAAACAACCAAGACUCCGAGAGGCAAAUCCCCAGCAGCAUUCUUCAGUUUCUAAGGGCAUUUUUCCCAAGUGGUGAAUUCCGUGUAGAAGAAUCCAGUUUACAAGGAACAGCUGCUGGUUCUGUACCGGUGCAAGCAGGAACAUCCAGAAGUGGUCCAGCAGCUGAGCCAAGUAUUACUGAUGAAGGGUUGUUUUUAUCUAAUUUGCUUCAUCAGAUCAUGCCAUAUAUAUCUCAGCAUGCAGGAUCACAACAAAGUACUGUGCCUACUACAGGAGGAAAUACUUCUUCCCAGGUUGAGAACUCUAGGACUAGACCUAGCGACUCUGAACCAAACCCAUUGAACUCAAAACGUCAGAAGACUGAGUAACAUAUCAAAGGGUGCAGUUUAAUGAAUCUUCUCAUGGUUGUGGAGUUCGUGAUUGCGAAUUUGAGUGCUUGUGGACAGCGGCAUGACUUUUAUGUUGAAUGUGGUAUAUCCUUCCUUUUUCUUGUUCUUCUUUUACUGCAAAUGAGAAGUGACAUUUUCAUAAUUGCCAUAGGGAAUUUGAAUUGGAUUUUACCUUCUAAAGCUUCAUUUAAGCAUCAAUGGCUUUCGAGUUUUGAUUCCAUACUCUUAUUUUUGUACAUCCGAAAUUUCAUUCUUGUAGUAUAUCUUUAUUUAAGUUUCAUAUCUAAGGUCAUUAAAGGUAGAAAUUGUGAAAAAGGCAGGGCAUUGGUUGGUAUGGGGAGAUUCUUGAUCUUAACCAUUGUACAUCACCAUAUGUAACCAUGAAGCAUAUUUCUUGGCUGUUAUAGUGAAAACCCCAAAAUAUGGCCUUUCCUUAAGCUCUAAUAUUAAACAUUAUAAAAAUUGUAAUAA